AUGGCAGAUCGAGAUGGCAAUACACCAUUGAUUAUGGCUGCUCAGUUUGGCUUUGCCGAAGCCUUGAGACUCCUGGUGAGCCGGAGUGCUUCAGUCGAUCUGGCCAACAAGGCGCAAGAGACGGCGUUGCUUCUGGCGUCUCAGGAGGGCUUCUCGGAGGUUGUAACGAUUCUCUUGGAGAAUGGGUCAAAAGCCGUCAACAAGGCAGCUGCAGAUGGUCGAACAGCGCUCAUCGUCGCUGCCCGAUUUGGCUAUGCAGAGGUUUGCUCUCUUUUGCUGGACCACGGAGCAGAUCGCAAUGCCAGAGUGUCAGGUGCAUGCUACAUUCGCUAG